AUGAGAAGAAGCAACCGCUUAGCACAAGCCAGACUGGCCGCUUCAGUAGAAACACCAUGGCUAUUCACGAAACCAUCGCCCAAAGCGCUCCAGGUGUUUUCGACGCCCGAGCUAUUUAACAUGAUCCUUUUGGCUGUUGACGACAUGCCAACUCUCAUCGCCUCGGUUCCGCUCGUUUGUCGAUCCUGGAAGCAGCAUGUAGACAGUUCUCUGGAGCUCAACCGCGCGCUAUUCUUCGUAUCUGAUCGCGAAACUACCAUGUCUGAUGAAGACGCUGCUUCCCAUUUUCGCGUCAAUCCAUUGUUGUGCGAACAUUUUGGGCCGCUGGUUGAGUCGCCCGCUACCUUUGACCUUGGCCCUCCGGGAUUUCAAAGUCCAAUGGACAAAUUCGAUUACAUUCUUCGAGAUGCGGUCAAUAUUCAUCACAUUCAGAUGCUGCGGCUCAGUAUUGCCGGCCGCGAUACGAAGGGACUCAAAGAACGCUUCGCUCACAAAGACGCGAGCUGGCGUCGCAUGCUGAUCUCUCAGCCGCCUGCCAGGAAAAUUGGUUACAGAUGCAGCCCAGGCAAUUUGCCCGAAACGGACGGUAUGGAGAGAUUUAUUGUACCAGAAGGUUUGCGGAUGGGCCAGCUUUGGGAUUCGAUAUACCACACUUUGUGGACCCCAUGUCAAGGCAAGGUCAUAAAACGAAGCAUCCAGAUGUCCUACCGGCUCGGCAGUCACGAUAACCCUAUUUGGUCGAGAACAGCACCUCGGUGGAGGAGGGGGCUUCUAGUGGACGUUGAGUUCGUUUUCAGUGUGAUACAAACCCACCUCUCCCCGGGAGGAAAGGGUGACGAGGAGUUGAAAAAGUGGGAUGAGCGACAGGCGAGCACUGCGCCAACUUAUCGUAGUGGCGGCUAUGAUGAAAGCAACAUUCUGGCAUCUAUUGGUGAAGAUAGGGUUAGUUUUAGGGACUGGUAUGAGUGGAGGAGAGUGAAUGGAACGAAGACAAUUUUGGUGGGAUGGAUAAUGUACACCACCCAGAUAUGGAUGAUCAAGGCGUCCAUAUGCACAUUUUACUUGCGCCUUACGGCCGGCCUUGAAGGGUACAAAAUUCGGAUACUCAUUGGACUUGGCAUAAUCGUUGCGUCUUACAUCGCCGCCAUAUUCAUCAUCUUGUUCACUUGCAUGCCCUUUGAGAAACACUGGCAAAUCUACCCGGACCCAGGGAAUUUAUGUAUGCCUGCUGUUAAUAGAGUCGUCAUCUAUACGUGCCUUGCUCUCAAUAUUUUCAGCGACCUCUAUCUUUUCUUGAUUCCCGUGCCAAUGUUCUGGGCAGCAAAGCUCCCGCCAGCCAAGAAAUGGGGUCUGACAGUUUUGUUUUCCGGCGGCAUUAUUAUCAUUGUCUUUGGUGUUCUCCGAUGUGUAUCCAUCUUAAAGGAUGACUCCGAGGGACCAAGAGAAGGGACCAAUUGGGCUUUGAGGGAAUCAUUCGUUGCGGUUGCAGUUACCAACUUGCCCAUGACCUGGGGCUGGCUCAAAGUCCAGCUUCGUCCAUUCCUGGGAUCUUUCCUGUCGACACCUCGGACCAAAGCAACCGGCUAUAGAAGGACUGGCAAUGGGGGAGGAAGCGUGAAGCUGGAUGACAUGUCAGCCUCUGGGAGGUGGCGGGAUCAACAGAAGCAAAAGGACAAGUCGCUCUCCUCGAGCCAGCAAAAUAUAACCCCUGGAGGACUCACAUUUCUAUUUGAGACGGACAGCAACGAAGAGGACAGUAUAAGACCGAUGAGUCAUGGAUCCCGUGGCAUUGUGAUGCAGGUUGAGUUGAAAGUGUCUUCAGAGAGGAAGCCGCAGAUUGAAGGCGAUAUCAAAGUGAGCGAGACACCGCCAGUGCCUGACAGUUUUUCGCCACCCGACGACCCUGAUUUUGUGAAACUAAAAUGA